UAAAAAAUUACUUUUAAUAAGAUGCGUGGGAGGAUAAACAUGGCCGCCAUUCCUUCUCUGUUGAAACAAAGAAUUAAAAUGUUUUCUUCAAUAAUGACCAUAAACCCAAGAUAUUUCUGUACAGAGACCGACCCUUCCCUUCCCUCCAGUAUCUUUGUCACUCCUUCCCAGGUUCCUUUAGCUGCUCCAUCCUAUCUCACUCCAUCUUUUUUGGAUGACCCAAUAGUAACAAAAUUCCUUAAUGUUAUGAUGCGUGAUGGGAAGAGAUCAAAAGUUCAAACUAUAUUCAAAAAGACGUUAGAGUAUAUCAAAAUACAUCAAACCAAGGAACUAAAAUCUUCAAAUUCAAAAGUUGAGACUGACCCGCUGGUGAUAUUCCAUGAAGCUUUGAAGAACAUUACACCUCUUGUAGGUACCACUGGUGUCAGGAAAGGAGGGAAAGUGUAUCAGGUUCCUGUUCCUAUUAACGACAAGAGAAGACAGUUCCUCGGUAUGAAGUGGUUAAUAAAAGCAGCUGAAAGAGUUAAAUCAAGUCACAAGACGACGCCAGAAAGACUAGGAGCUGAGAUACUUCAGGCUUAUAACAACGAGGGAGCCGCCAUUAAAAAGAAGCAGGACUUACAUCGGUUAGCUGAAGCAAAUAGAGCCUUUGCUCACUUUAGGUGGUGAAAGACCAUUGUUAUGUAUAUGUAUGUUAAUAACAAUGUCAAAAUACUAAGAAUAUUGAACGUCA